UAGCUUUAGUUAACAUGGUUGCGGCAAAUACAUUCUUUUAGUUGAUGAAAUUCACUAGUAGAAUAGGCGCGCUCCUUGAACUCUUCACGUUUUGAAAGGCAAUGGCAACAAUGAGUGCUGCAAACCAGCCCAAGGAAAAACCAAAAGCUGUGCAGGUAUUUGGAAGAAAGAAAACUGCAACUGCGGUAGCACAUUGUAAACUUGGGUCAGGAAGCAUAAGAGUCAAUGGUAGGCCUCUGGAGGUGCUCGAACCCCGUCCUUUGUUACCCAAAUUGAUGGAACCUAUUCUUCUUCUUGGCAAACAUGGUUUAGCCAACUUGGAUAUCAGAGUUCGAGUUAGUGGUGGUGGCCGAGUAGCUCAAAUUUAUGCAAUUCGACAAGCUAUUGCCAAGUCCGUUGUCGCAUUUCACCAGAAAUAUGUCGAUGAGAGUUCUAAGAACAGCAUAAAAGAAAAGUUCGUCCACUAUGACAGAAGCCUUUUAGUUGCUGAUCCCAGAAGGUGUGAGCCGAAGAAGUUUGGUGGCCCUGGAGCCCGUGCUAGAUACCAGAAAUCCUACCGUUAAGUUUCUUUUAAAUAUAUUUGGAUAACUGAAUUA